CCUCUGUUGGAGAGCGUCAGUACAACACUCUCUCCUCCACUAUCCCACAAUUCUAAUGUUUACGGCUAGUCGGUGAAAGAUGGCGGACAGCAGUGGCCGUAAUCCUCAAUCACCCUGUUUCACGGAGAAAUUAAAAUCGUGGCUGUGCUGGUCGUGGACGUACAUAUGUGCGCUUUGGUUCGCCAUGGUCUUAACGAUGGUUUACGUGCUGAGGAGCCCGCUGAAGCUGCAGGAGACCGUUAACGCAGCAUCUGUGUUUUUAAACACUCUUACGCCUAAAUUCUAUGUUGCGCUGACUGGAACCUCCUCGCUCAUCUCGGGCCUUAUAUUGAUAUUUGAGUGGUGGUACUUCAGGAAGUACGGCACGUCCUUCAUCGAGCAGGUGUCUGUCAGUCACUUGCGUCCUCUACUGGGAGGAGUGGAGAACAGCAGCUCUGCGGGCCUCUUCUCCUCUGUAAACGGCGAUACCGAGCCGAGAACCAACGUUGCAGAAUGUAAAGUGUGGAGGAACCCACUGAACCUAUUCAGAGGUGCAGAGUACAGCAGGUACACUUGGGUGACGGGAAAAGAGCCCCUGACAUACUAUGACAUGAAUUUAUCAGCCCAAGAUCAUCAGACCUUCUUCUUGGGAGACACUCAGCAACUUAGACCAGAGGACUCUGUAAUGCAGAAGGCCUGGAGGGAGAGGAACCCGCAGGCACGAAUUCAAGCAGCUUACCAGGCAAUUGAAAUGAACCGCGAAUGUGCUGCAGCAUAUGUGCUCCUGGCCGAGGAGGAAGCCACAACCAUCACAGAGGCUGAACGGCUUUUCAAGCAAGCGCUUAAGAGUGCCGGUAAAGACACCAAUCUUGUGGUCUACAUCAAGCGCAGACUGGCCAUGUGUGCAAGAAAACUGGGUCGCAUCAAAGAAGCUGUAAAGAUGAUGAGAGAUUGUGUGUCGUUGCAGUAUUUAUUAGAAAUGAAGAGUCUGAUUUUGCCACCUGAGCAUAUUUUGAAGAGGGGAGACAGUGAGGCGGUGGCGUACGCUUUCUUUCACCUGCAGCACUGGAAACGGGCAGAGGGGGCACUCAACCUGCUACACUGCACCUGGGAAGGCACUUUCCGGAUUAUUCCAUACCCCCUGGAAAAGGGUAAUCUCUUCUAUCCAUACCCAGGAUGCACAGAAACUGCAGACAGAGAGCUUCUGCCUUCAUUUCACGAGGUCUCAGUGUAUCCGAAGAAGGAGCUUCCUUUCUUCAUCCUCUUCACAGCAGGCCUGUGCUCCUUCUGUGCCAUGUUGGCCAUGCUCACACACCAGUUUCCAGAGCUCAUGGGGGUCUUCGUCAAAGCUGUGAAAGAGAAGCCGAGAACCAACGUUGCAGAAUGUAAAGUGUGGAGGAACCCACUGAACCUAUUCAGAGGUGCAGAGUACAGCAGGUACACUUGGGUGACGGGAAAAGAGCCCCUGACAUACUAUGACAUGAAUUUAUCAGCCCAAGAUCAUCAGACCUUCUUCUUGGGAGACACUCAGCAACUUAGACCAGAGGACUCUGUAAUGCAGAAGGCCUGGAGGGAGAGGAACCCGCAGGCACGAAUUCAAGCAGCUUACCAGGCAAUUGAAAUGAACCGCGAAUGUGCUGCAGCAUAUGUGCUCCUGGCCGAGGAGGAAGCCACAACCAUCACAGAGGCUGAACGGCUUUUCAAGCAAGCGCUUAAGAGUGCCGGUAAAGACACCAAUCUUGUGGUCUACAUCAAGCGCAGACUGGCCAUGUGUGCAAGAAAACUGGGUCGCAUCAAAGAAGCUGUAAAGAUGAUGAGAGAUUUAAUGAAAGAAUUCCCCUUACUGGGAAUGUUAAAUAUUCACGAGAACCUUUUAGAAGCAUUAUUAGAGCUGCAGGCCUACGCUGAUGUACAAGCAGUCCUCGCAAAAUAUGACGAUAUCAGCUUGCCAAAAUCAGCUACUAUAUGCUACACAUCUGCCUUACUGAAAGCCAGAGCAGUGUCAGAUAAGUUUUCGCCUGAAGCAGCAUCUAGACGAGGUCUCAGCACAGCAGAGAUGAACGCAGUAGAGGCCAUACACAGAGCUGUGGAGUUCAACCCACACGUACCAAAGGUUCGAAUGAUUCUUUUAAAGGGUCCAAAAUUCCUUCCAGCAUUUCACGAGGUCUCAGUGUAUCCGAAGAAGGAGCUUCCUUUCUUCAUCCUCUUCACAGCAGGCCUGUGCUCCUUCUGUGCCAUGUUGGCCAUGCUCACACACCAGUUUCCAGAGCUCAUGGGGGUCUUCGUCAAAGCUUUCUUCAGCACCCUCUUUGCACCACUGGGCUUUUUUGCAGACAAGAUGGAGAGUUUUAUGCCCUCCUGCCUGUGGCAUCAGCUAGCAAACGUCUGACGUACACACACAGCUCACACAUGCUUGCACUUGAAAACACUACUGUACAUGUAACACAUGUGUAAGGUGCCCGUUAGCCACCUGUACUGAUAAUAAAAAUGUUAUGGCUCUUU